AUGCAUGUUAGACCUAAUCCAACACAAGGAAUUACUUCAGACGAAUACGCGCCAUUACUUCACCAAAUGGCAACAAAACCUGAUAACCUAGAUAUUUCACCACCUCGCAUAGAAGCUGGAAGUCCACUACCAACACUUCAAAGUGAUGGACAGGGUCACUAUUUAGUUCCAUAUCAAGCCGUCGUCGAUCUCUAUUUAAACAACACGGAUGUUGACGAGCAUCCAUUCCAUUUACAUGGUUAUAGCUUCUGGAUUAUUGCAACGUCGAACUAUCCGCAAGCCGAAUAUUUGUACUACGAUAACUAUGUUCUACGUGACGUUGUGAGUGUGCCAGGUUCUGGCUGGGCUAAAGUCCGAUUUGUCGCUAAUAAUCCUGGUGCUUGGCUGUUUCACUGUCACAUCGACUGGCAUAUGAGUGCUGGAAUGGCAUUGGCUUUUAUCGUUUCCCCUCAACAACUACUGACUGAAGGAUACACAGUUCCUAAGAAUCAGAAAAAAUUAUGUCAAGCACUACAAGAAUUCAAUGCAGAGAAUGCGACAAAUAACUGA